AUGCAAAUUCACCCCGAACUGGUUAUACGUACCCGAAAAGGCUUCCCGUUCCUCAUAUAUAAUUGCCCAGGGACCAUAUAUACUCUCCGCCAGAAUUUUACAAACACACAUGCGGGUGCCGACAUUGAGUGGUUGUUAAAACAAACCGUGGUUAAUCUCGACUUCGAGCUUGAUGUCGUAGAUCCGUAUAAUGUUGCUGCUGCGCUUGCCAUCGCUCAGGAACAGCAUUCUUGGUUUUGCAGAUCCAAUCUGACCUCUCCUAAGAUACUAAAGGUGCAUCUUAUCACGCCGCAUCCCACACUAGCCGCGGUAUAUUUCUACACCGUGGAAGUUCCACUAUGGUAUUUGGAGGCGUUGAUGGACCCCUACUUAAAGGUAGCUGGAAAAGUCCAGAUACUGAAAGAGUUUGUAGAACUUCCGGUUCCUCCAGCUAGUGGCCAGGCAGUUAUAACGACAGGGCCUUUUCUGGAGAAGAUAGGAGAAAUAUUGGGAGAGAUGAGGGCUCUUAACUCAGUCUGA